AUGGCGUCUACAGCCGACGUCAUCAAGGCCGAACAGCCGGCCGACUCCGACGUCAACACGGCCGCCUCCACCUUACGCGACGAUGGCGACGCCAAUGAGCCUGUCCGCUCUGCCGGCCAAACGCCGGCAGUUCCUACGACCGGUGCCAACGACACCACCGAGGGCGAGGGCAGCAGCAGCAACGACGAGCCUGUCGCCACCGGCGGCGGCACCGUCGAAAUGGUCGGCGACAAGGCCGUCUUCAAGGCCACGCGGUCCUUCUAUCUUGCCUUUUCGGCCCUGCUUGUCCUCACCGUUGCCGUCGCCCUGGACGCCACCACUCUCUCUGUCGCCCUGCCCACCAUCAGUGCCGCCCUUGGUGGCAGCGCCCUCGAGGCCUUUUGGUCCGGCACCAGUUUCCUGCUGGCGAGCACCGUCCUGCAGCCGACCGUCGCCGCCCUCUCCAGCAUCUUUGGCCGCAAGUACAUGAUCUACCUCAUGGUCAUCUUCUUUGCCGCCGGCUCCCUCAUCGCCGCCCUCGGCAACAACUUCAGCGUCCUCAUUGCCGGCCGUACCAUCCAGGGUGUUGGUGGCGGUGGUCUGAUUGCCCUCACGGAAGUUGUCAUGACCGACCUGAUCCCCCUGGCCUUCCGUCCGGCCUGGUUCUCGAUCCUCAGCGCCAUGUGGAGCAUCGGCACCGUCACCGGCCCGCUCAUCGGUGCCGGUUUCACCGAGAAUGUCUCGUGGCGCUGGAUCUUCUACAUCAACCUGCCCCUGAUCGGUCUGGGCCUGGGCUUUGUUGUGCUGUUUUUGCACCAGUCCAAGAUCCCCGGUGGCAUCAUCCAGAAGCUCGGCCGCUUCGACUGGAUCGGCUCCAUCUUGUUCACCGCCGGCACCACCUCGUUCUUGUACGGCCUGACCACCGGUGGCGUUGCCAACCCCUGGAGCUCCUACAAAGUCCUGGUCCCGCUCAUCAUCGGGCCCUUUGUUGUCCUCCUCUUUGGCUUCUACGAGCUGCGGUGGGCCAAGGAGCCCAUCAUCAGCAACCGCAUCCUCAACAACCGCGACAUGCUGCUGACCUACAUCAUGACCAUCCUGCACGGCGCCGUCCUGUGGUCUCUUCUCUACUUCCUGCCCCUCUACUACCAGGCUGUCAAGGGCUACAAGCCCAUCGUGUCGGCCGUCGCCGUCCUGCCCGAGACUCUGACUGUUGCUCCUGCUGCUGCUGCCGUCGGUGUCAUUUCUGGCAUCACCGGCCACUACCGCUGGUCCUUGUGGAUCGGCUGGUUCCUGACCACGCUCGGUAGCGGUCUGCUGCUGCUGCUCGCCCCCGACACGCCCAUUGCAGCCUGGAUCUGGCUCAACGUGCCCGUCGGAAUCGGCAGCGGUAUGCUCUUCCCGGCCAUGGGCCUCUCCAUCCAGGCCGCCGUCGAGCCCGAGCUCAACGCCCAGGCCACUGCUUUCUUCUCGUUCCUGCGUACUCUGGGUCAGUCGAUUGGUGUCGCCAUCAGCGGUGUCAUCUUCCAAAACUCCUUCAAAAAGAAGCUGCUGGCCCUGCCUGCCUUCUCCGCGGUCGCCGGCGACUACUCGCGCGACGCCACGUCCGUCGUCGGCAUCAUCAACGCCAUGACGCCUAGCCCCGAGCGGACCGAUCUCAUCCAGGCCUACAGCGACUCUCUGCGUGUCAUCUACAUUUCUCUCGUCGCCUUCUCUGGCUUCUGUUUCAUUCUGGCGCUCGUCAUCCGCGGCUACUCGCUGAACCAAGAGCACAUCACAAACCAGGGCCUGGUUGACAAGGCCAAGGAGAAGAACGAUGCCACGGCCGAGAAGCUGGUUGAGCCGUGA